GUGAGAUUAUUGUUAAUUUUUGGAGCCAUGAUGGUUGUCUCAGCUCUCUUCAUGCCCCUGCUCGUGUUCUUGGGCCGAACAUCUGGAGCUGAUGUAGAUCCAACACUACCUUUUUCUGAGCAUCUUGACUCAAACCUUAAAGUCCAGCUCAGUUGGGGUUUUGACUUGGUGAAGGACACCAUCACGUUCAAGGUGACGGUGAACACCACGGGAUGGGUCGGCUUUGGGUUCAGUCCCAAUGGAGGAAUGGCUGGAUCAGAUAUCUUCAUCGGAGGAGUCGGACCUGAUGGGAUUUAUUUUUCGGACAGGAAUGCGGAUGGGAACGUCAUGCCGGCCGUGGACGAGAAGCAGGAUUCUAAAGUCCUCUCUCUGACCGAGGCGAACGGACAAACCAUGAUGAAGUUCCAGCGAUCCAUCAACGGCUGCGAUAAAAAUGACUUUUCUAUCACAGAAAUGCCAAUAAACCUGAUCUAUGCCUACGGUACCACCGAUGACAUCAGCUAUCACCAAAGCCGGCGAGGCACAAAGGAAGUGAACCUUCUAAACUACAUGCCCCGAUCCAGCGUCCCUGACAGCAAAUACUUUGAAAUGAAAGUGACCAAUUUUACGAUACCCGCCAUAAACACUUACUACCUCUGUAAGAUUAUGAAUCUUCCAGUGUUUGACAGGAAAUACCACAUCUACCGUAUAGAACCAGUGAUACAGAACCAGGACUUUGUGCAUCACAUGUUGCUGUACCGAUGUCCACCAUCGGUGACCAAGUUCUCUGAGAUGCAGUGUUACACUGAGGAAACAAAAUGCUCCCAGGCCAUCGCGGUUUGGGGCGUUGGAGGAGGAGCUUCUGAAUUUCCUGAAGCAGCUGGACUUCCUGUGGAUAAGGAUGGAAAUGGGACCUUCUACAGGCUUGAAGUGCACUACAACAACCCUAACAAGAUCGCAGGUGUUGUUGAUAACUCAGGCUUGCGGCUUUACUACACGGCUCAGCUGCGGCAGUACGAUGCUGCUGUGCUGCAGACGGGACUCAUGGUGACAUUAGGGAAGUUAUACGGGAUCCCGCCAAACAUUUCAGCCUUCCUCACUUACGGAAUGUGCGACACCACCUACAUUCCCCAGAUCCUCUCUCAGUCGCCUACCGGUGCUAAGGACCUGCAGGUUUUUGCAGCUUACUUGCACACACACCUGGCAGGAAGGAAGAUGCGAGUCGCACAUUUCAGGGAUGGAGAGCAGAUUGAUUAUUUAGUGCAGAAUGAACACUAUAAUUUUGAAUUCCAGCAAUUGACAAACCUGGGAAAAUCCAAAAAGGUGCAGCUGGGCGAUAAGCUGGUGGUGGAGUGCACCUAUGACACCAACAAUCGAACAGGACUCACUUGGGGGGGUCUGGGAACUAAUAAUGAGAUGUGCCUGGCAUUUCUCUACUACUACCCGGCUAUGGAGCUCAGCACCUGUAAAAGCUUCCCCAAACCGCAGGCACUCAUGAGCGAGAUGGGAGCAGCCAAUGCCACAGACUGGAUAAAAAUAAUGAGCAUGAAGGUUUGGGAUAACAGCUCAGUCCUGGAGUAUCAGCAAAUACUGAAGAGGAUCGAUCAGAACGUCUUUGUUGGAAACCUAGAGAGCAACUUGAUGAACACAGGGAAGAUUCCUGACCUCAAGUUGUCUCAGUCUAGCAGCUGUGUAAGAAGCAAAGCUGUGAUCCUCCACAGCGCUGUGAUGGAGAUCCUGCUGCUCGGACCGACGCUCUCACUGAUCCUUUACUAACAUCUUCACCUGCAGAACAACACACCAACUCUCUGUAGAAAAUAAUCCACUCUCACUGGAAUGAAUGAUCAAAUGUCACUUCCUGUUAUGUCAGAUUUUCAAUCAUAUAAAAACGAAUCAUGAUGAAUUACAUACUUUCAUAUAUCAUAUAUGAUUAGAAUCAACUCUAACACAGUUGUCAUUAUGUGGAUCUGAUGCUUGAUAAAUCUAAACUGAGUCUCACGGUGUCUAAACCUCAGUUUAAAUCAAUCAUUAGUUAUACAUCAGAUGUAUAUUCAAAUAAAUGUAGAUUGAAAUGAGCAGAUUUCUGU